AUGGCUUCUCUAUUCUCUAAGCGUUUGAAAUGCUUUUAUUGCGGGAAACGGUCCGCUCGUUCUCACCGCGGAGGACCUAUUUGCAAUUUCCGAUGCGAACACUGUGAGGCUGACAACUUUUUCGAUGAGGUCACUUUGCUAAUGUCGUCCCUUCUGAUGGAGAAGAAUGGAGAAAUUACAGAUCCACCAGCUGUGGUCACCAACGCUGAAAUCUACGCCUCCGGCGCAUCAAAUCCACCCUUUGAAUCUACGGACUUCAGCGGAUCCCAAUCAUUUUGCGCAAAAUGUGCUCGCAACCAACAUUUAUUUACAAGCUCUUUGGCUUCCUACUUUCCCCCGUCCGAUGAUCCCUCCGAUAUCGAAUACGAACGAGGCUAUGAACAGUUCCGCAAGAGCUUGGAGGAUCGAUACCCUCAAGUCUGCGAGUCCUGCGAACCUCUUGUGAAAUCUCGCAUUCGAAAAGCUGCAUACGAAGCGAAAGCAGACCACUUAAGGCGCAUGAUGGAUCAAACUCGGGCAAAUCGAGAAUCACGAAAGGCGAGGUAUCGGAGCUGGAGAAGCUUGCUGCUUGUUGCCGGUUCACUUGCAUACUGGGCUAGUAUUGCUGGCCAGCUUGCAUGGAACCUGAACAGUGUGGCCACUCUUUCUCCGACUGGGCAAAGUCUCGAUGUUGAUUCGCUCCCCGCUGAACAACCUUCUGAGCCGCCUGACUCUGUGAUGUCGUGUAUCAACCAUUUCAUCCGUAUGCGGCGAAUUGCCAGCGUUUGCUCGCCUGACUUAGCACCAACUGCGGGUCUGGCCCUGGUGGCAGGUGUGCUUUCGCUUUGGUGGAAUCCGAAGCUGCGCAUGAAGAUAGACGGAAUGCCCGGCAAGUUCCAAGGACUUGCAGAGUACUACGAAACCCAACUUAUCGUCAUCGUAGCGCGAUGUGUUUUUUGGGCAGUACUUAAGGAUCCAUCUGCUAGUGGGGUGAGACCCAGCCUGCUUCCAGCCCUACAUGGUUCGAUGAUAAUCUUCAUUAUCCUGUCGGUUUCUUUUUCUCGAUACAUUGUCAGCUACUCCAAUCGUCCACUCGUCAACUGGUCGGAUAACAGUUGGGAGACUCAAUUCCAAAGUCCCAAAUCGUCUUCUUCAGUUCCCGAGUCACCUCGAACUGCAACGUCCGGCGGCGUAUCAGACGCAAAUGCUAGUGGGCUGCACCAACGAUUUCCGAUUGGUAAACUAGCUCAGCCUCAAUCACAGUCGCCUGCUGAGCAGCCACCCACUGUUGUUUCUAAUUAUGCCGACAAUGAUGGCAUGGACUGGUCCCCUUCCAUUACUCAUAACCUCCGACCGACCAUCACGCGGCGAGAUCAGCCAUCUGUGCUUGACGGUCCGCAUCCAUUUCAGGGGCAGAUUCCAGCAGCCCCAACACCUCCCGCGUGGAAGCUUCGCACUCCUACUUCGACGAAGCCCAUUGAGCAAGUGGUCCAACCCAAUCCGUUCCACCGCAGCCCCACACAGUCACAAAACCGAUGGCAGACGCGUGCCGACGCGGAACCUGUUUUCAAGGAUCCAAAGUUCUUCCCUCCCCAAGAUCAGGACACAUCCACGGGGCUGGAAACAUUGUUUGAUCGUGCCUUCAAUUUGCAGCCUGAUGCUGCCCAGGGGACUGGCUGGUCUCAAGCAGGACAAACUCAGGGCUCUGCGAGUGACGUUACAACCCAGAACUAUCUAUUUUAUGGAUGGCUCCGACUAGGCUUGCUAGUGAGCUUUAUCAGUGCCUGGACCUUCUCCCAGAAUCACCAAGUCUUGCUCCCUGGCAAUUACGUGGAGAUCUCUGCUCUAGGCGUUGCAAGCCUUGUUGCAGGGUUUGCUUUGAUCAGCAUGGUAAAACGACCCAUUGGGCAAUGGAAUGGGAUGGAGAUACUGAUUUCUAUUACCGAACUCGCUGCCGCCGUUCACAUGGGGGCACAUUUGCCAACUGUUUCGUAUAACCGGGACUACUUUGAUCGUUACGGCAAGUUCCUCUUGAUUUUCAUGGCUGUCCAAGAGACUCUGAAUGUGCUCUCCUUCUACAACAAGGCCAGGUCAGAAAGCCAGUCGCAGUCAGGAACAGUAUCAUCGCCGCCGCAACCGCAUUAUAGUCCACCGGGUGCCAUUGACUGGUCCGGACAACAAUCAUCGACCAGCUCUACGCCCGAGCCUCGAACCAAGAGUCCACCUAUGCACCGAUCGUUCGAGUCGCAAUUAUCUGCUCCUCCACUCUCAUUUGGUGAUACCGACGGGGCCUCCAGUUUCUCAUCUGCGUUACCUUCCGUGCCACAGUAUGGACUUGCCUCAUCUCGAACGGUCCAUUCAUUCCCCACCGCCAGUCAAAAUUCAUUCAACCAAGACAAAAGCCCGCAUAGUUUCACCAUGGAAACUCUCAAGCAAUUCGAGCCCGGGUCUGAUUAUGAACAAGACUCCGAUAACGACACUGUAGCCACAACUACGACCACUCGCACAAAUUUCACAAAUCACAACAUUCGGUAUGGGCUCGGCUCCGGGUUAGGUUCCAAUACCUUUAAUUCACCCCGGCGAGCCGGACUCGGAUCAGGCAUGGGUGGGCUAAGCUUGGAUGAUGACCCUACUCCCCGUCGCAUGACUCGCAGCCAAACCCAGCAGGGACUUUCUAGUCGUCGCCCAACAAGCUAUAUUCGGUGA